AUGUAACUUGUUGUUCAUCGAGAAACAUUUUGUCGGUUAAAGGAAUCGACAGUGUUCGAAUCUUCUAACUCUUGAAUUAUUAAAAAGCAUACUGAGGUACUUUGACAAACUGUUUCGAUAAUGACCUUGCGUAGGCGCUACUGGUUUUUACAGACAAUAAUGUAUCAGAGUGUCUGACUGUCCACACCUCUGUUCGUUUGACGGAGUGAAUGACUGCACUGGUGACUGGCUAGAAACUGACUAUCUGUCUGUUUGUCUGAAAUUCCCUCUGUCUGUCUGUCUGUCUCUCCGGCUUUUCAACGUUUCAAUACUUACAUGUAGUUUUGUAGAAAUUUCUUAAUUUUGCAACUUAGUUUGAGAAAAAGAUCGUCAUUAUGUUUAUCGUUGAUUCACAUUGACUGGUAAAAACAAACAGCUCUAGGUAAUGAUACGCUGAAAACCAUCCUGCUGUAUUCUUUGAGGACUAUUAAAUAAAGCCACGACUCAUUUAUGAAUCGGUCAGAAGAUCAUUGUUUAAGUUCUUUACCCAUCGAAACAGUAUAAACUUGUUGCCUUUGUGAGAUUUUCUGCUUGAUUAGCAAAGCUUGGCAAUGCAUCGCGCUGAAAUAGCAAGGAACGAAUAAAAUAUGCUAAUAUAAUGACGACUGAAUUUAUUUUGUUUACUUUUCGGAGUAAAAGGAAUACAUAAAAUAGGCUGCUUUUCAAUGUAGAGAUUGACUUAAAGAGGAUAUUGUUCCUUUAUUGUAGGAAAAAAUGCUUGGGCUCGAACGCCCUCGAGUAAAGCACUAAAUUCUUGAAUCGAAAUACAGUUCAAUAUUGUUUUAUUUUGUGUUUUUAUUUUAACUAUCGUUUCUUCUAUUGCGGUUUCAUUGCUACAACUGAGUAAACAGAUAAUUUACUGGAGGUCGAAACUCGACUCCAGGGUAUUUUGAAUAGCAGGUGUAAAUAAAUCUACACUUGAUUUAUUUUUUCGUGGAUAUAUCAUUGUUUCGACGACGUUGUGUUGCUUCAGUGUAAUAUUGUCGCGUUAUCAAGACAUCGGACAAAAAAUAAUUACUUCUGAUCUUAUAAGCGCAGUCGAGUUAGCUCGUGAUAUGCAAAUCUGCGACAGCCACACUCUGGCAUUAUCAUAAUUUCGAUUUUAUCAAAUGGAAAUUAAGCUUUUUAGCCGUAUCCAGCUGUACGCUGACAGGAAGCGUUAAGUUUCCUUUCACUGGUUUCAAAUCGACUGAUUCAAAAUGGCUUCUCAGGAGUAUAAAGACAGUGAUUUUUACGAUUAUUGUUGUCCCGUCUGCCUGGAAGAGUUUCAAGAUCCCAAAGUUCUUCCAACGUGUAAUCAUAACGUGUGCAGACAGUGUCUUGAGAAUAUUAUUAUGCGAGCGAAACCGGCUUACUUACAGUGCCCGACGUGUCGCCAAGAAUCUUUCAUUCGAGAGGAAGACCUAGAUGGUUUACAAACAAACGUGUUCUUGGUGAAAUUGUUGCAACAGACCGAACCACAACAGGAGCGGGAAAAACUUACUAAGGGCAUCCAAGCGUGCACCACAAAAGCCGAAGUGUUAGGAGAAUUAAUCAAGGAGCUUAAGUUGUGUAGAGAGCGAAAACUCGAACGCGGAGACAGUCUAAAGGAGGAAAUUCACAGAAUGGCGGACGCGCUUGUGGAGAAGACGAGAAAAAGCGAGGCGGAGUUGAUAGAUAAGUUGGAAGACUUUAUUGCACAACAAGACAGGGUUUUCAACCGCGUUGAAACUAAAGUGGAAGCCUUCAGAAGGAAGAUACAAGAUCAAGUUGAUUUAUCUUUAAACGUUUAUGAUCGAGAAGAGGAAGGUGAGAUUUCCAAGAUGAAAAACGCUUUGACUUCCCUUGCUCGCGAUAAUCCCGAGGACAAACUCUACAAAGAAAUCAACGAACUGGAUUCGUUCACUGUGGCAUUUGACGCAAACAAAGAUCUUCUGCAAAAAGCCAAAAGUCAGGGGAUUGGAAACUUAACUCUGAGCGACCAGUGUGGAGUGAAAAUUGGCCUUUGCACUCCCCUUCAAGUCAUGAGGGUAUCGCUUACUACACUUCGUAAGAUCACUCCUUCGAAUUUCGGCUUCGAAUCUUUCUCUCCCUUAAGUAUCGCGACAGAUGGAGAAAAGCACGUGGCAGUGGCAGAUCCAGAAAACAACAACAUCCUUAUUUUGAACAGAAAUGGCGAUUUCGUGAGAAGAUUUACAUCUCCUGCAAACUCGUCCCAGCCAGCCAUGAUGUUUUCAGGUGUUACGUUUUCGAAAGACCAUAAAGAUUUAAUUGCGGUCAAUGGCGCCCGUGACGUGCACCUGAUUAACCCCAAAGAAGGAACAUUUAAAGUGAGUUACAGAAGCAGCCCGCAGUGGGGCGUCAAAUACUGUUUCGUCACAACCGAUCCAUAUGGACGAUUCCUCCUCACUUGCGAACCCUUGGCGAAGCAGUACCGAGCAUGCAUCGUCGUGCAUUCGGAUGCGCCUUUCGGGAAACCCGAUUUGAGGUUCGGGUUUUCAGGCGACGGCACACUGUUGUUCCCUUUCAAAGCACUUUACCAUGACAAACAUUAUUACGUGACAGACAUGGAAAAAGGUUGCGUUAUGGUAUACAAUGAAAACGGUGAAUUUCUUCGACAUUUCGGGAGGAAGGACGAUGAAAUAAAUGGCGAUGGACAUCUGGUUUUGCCCACAGGAAUGACUUUUGAUCCCAGGGAGGAAACCUUUUUGGUAUGCGACUGGGGUUCCAGUUCUAUUCAGACUUAUAAACCCGACGGGACUUUCCUGGGGGCAUUCCCCAUCGACGGACGUCCCACGGAUAUAGCGAUGUUCUCCGACGGAACCCUGGUAGUGUCUUCUAAAGACGAUCAGUGGAUUCAGUUUAUGUCAAUAUCUCCUCUUGGAGCGUUGACAGCGCAGAAUGAUGUGGAAGAUGAGUGAAGUGCAAGUCAUUGUGCGCAUAACUCGGAAAAUUUCUUUUUGUUUGCAGCUCAAUUAAAUUGUUAGAUUCGUGACGUUAUGUUCCAGCAUGAUAUCAUUUUACAGUGAAAUUUUCUGUAAAGCAGAAACCUAUCGAUACAUCCCCCUUACCUACAUAACCCUACAUUCCCACUUUUUCUACCGAUCCAGUAAGGGUUAUAAUAAAGGUGAUAAGAGCUCUAUAUUAAUCAGAUGUAAUCACAAAUUAUAAACCAUUUUGCUAUUUACUGUUCCAAACUUGUUAAGACUUAUCAAAGCCACGUGCCCUUUUCAUUUGCUGUCGCUGAACAGUAGAGCGACUACUACUAUAUAUACUCAGAUAGUACACGCGCCGUGAUUGGUCAAUUUUACAACAAUUCGUGCUCGAUGUAGUGCGGCCCGCCCGCUUGGCUUGAAAUGUUUCUUUUCCUCAAAGCGAGUGACACUGACAGCGACAAGCAACUUUAUACUAGUAAUUUCGAACAGAAAGUGAAUGUUGUGCGGUGGUGUGGGUGACACACUUGAGGGGUACAUGAUAAUAUAUUGUUGGGGUAUUGGCUUGUUAGGAAUAAAUAAAUUGCUAGCAUAUUUUGAUGAUUGACUAUAUCAUGAAGUAUGAAGUUUUCAACGGAUUAAGUCUUCCGUAUAUUAAUACGUCCAAUCUCUCAUGACCAGUCCGUUUCCCUAAAAAAGCUUUUGCUUUGGAAAGCCCUUACAUACAU